AACCUUUGGGGCUUCCGUCCCUUUUGUGUCACGUGACAUAUGUCAACAAGGAAGUGGGCUGUGUCUUUGAAUACAAGGCGCCAGUAGCCGUUCCUAGUCAACAAGUGAAAGAUCCCGAGGGAUGCCCGCCACCGAGCCGGUCCGGUUGGGUCGGAAACGCGCCCUGCCCUCGUGCCCGAACCCGCUGUUCCUCAAGUGGCUCACCGAGCUCCGGGACGAGGCGAAGGAGAAAGGACUGAAGAUCCAGUACACCUACCAGAAGGCCAUCAACUCACUGAAUAAAUAUCCACUGCCACUCAAGAACGCCAAAGAGGCAAAGAUCCUCCAAAACUUCGGAGACGGCAUCUGUAAGAUACUGGAUGAAAAGCUGCAACGGUAUUAUAGAGAGAACGGUGCUGACGCUUCUAUACACGCUCUCCCCAAAGGAGCGCCCCCUCCUGGCCGAUCAGACAAUAACAUCAUCCUGGCUCCAUCCAAAAAGAAAAAUGCUGCAGGUGAUCAAGGAAAGGAUGGAGGAGGAGAUGGAGGGAGGAAGAAGAAGAGGGAGUAUGUCCCCCAGAAGAGAUCCGGGGGCUAUGCUGUGCUGCUGACUCUUUACAAAGAAACUCAGGUCCCUGGUAGUAAAGGUUACAUGUUUAAGAUGGAGCUGCAGGCAGAAGCUCAGCAUCUCUGUGACAAAUCGUUCACUGCGCCUGAUUUAGGCAGUAAGUACACCGCCUGGAGCUCAGUCAGCACUCUGAUCCAGAAGAACCUGGUGAUAAAGACUCACAAUCCUGCAAGGUAUUCUCUGACAGAAGGAGGUCUGACUUUGGCCGAGCGACUGGCAUCUGCAGAGCAGACGAACACAGACGGGGACAGAGAGGCGGUUAGGAGUGAGUUAGAGGCGACUGAGGAAGACGAUCCCGUCGUAGACAUCACUGGUAGUGAUGAAGAUGAAGAAGAGAAGGAGGAGAACAGAAUACACCCUGCAGAGAGACAACCCACCGUCACUGAGGUUAGCUGCGACGUGGACGACGUGCGUUCAUCGGGGAAACCACAGGAUUCACAGACGACGAUGACGACAAGCAGAAAGCCGAACGCAGAAUGUCUCCUACCCGGAACGUAUGAAAUUAUGCUCUGUGUUGACUUCAUCGAGACCACUGGUGGGAGUCACCAUCGUAAGCAGGAGCUGGUGAAAGAGCUUCAGAGAAAUGGAGUCAACUUUGACAUCAGGAAACUAAACGUCGGGGACUUCCUGUGGGUGACUCGGGAAAAGGUGGCACCUGUUGCAGGUCAGUUGCGAGCGCCUGUAGGCAGGGAGCUGGUCCUUGACUACAUAGUGGAGAGGAAGAGGAUGGACGACCUGUGCGGCAGCAUCAUCGACGGACGCUUCAGGGAACAGAAGUUCCGACUGAAGAGGUGCGGUCUUCAUAAGCCCAUCUAUUUAGUGGAGGAGUGUGGAUCAGCUGCUUCUCACCUGAGCUUACCUGAAACUACACUGCAGCAGGCCAUAGUCAACACACAGGUGGUUGACGGUUUCUUUGUGAAGAGAGUGCAGGAUGUGAGGGAGUCGGCGGCGUACCUCACCAUCAUGACACGAUUCCUGACUAAACUGUACCAGAACCGAACGCUGAUCUGUCGCUCCAGAGAGCUGGAGGGCGAUGGAGGCAGUGACGAAGAGGAGAGAGGGCUCCCCUCCUGCUCCCUUAUGUCUUUUGCAGAGUUCAACCACGGUGCAGUCAAAAACAAGUGUCAGACGGUGAGAGAAGUGUUUGCCAGACAGCUGAUGCAGAUCAGCGGAUUGUCUGGAGACAAAGCAGCUGCUAUACUGGAACACUACAGCACGCCACACAGUCUUCUGACAGCAUAUGAACAGUGUGCAAGUGAAGCAGAGAAAGAGAAACUCCUCUCCUCGAUCCGAUACGGGAAGCUCAAAAGGAACCUGGGUCCAGCUUUGAGCAGAACAGUUUAUCAGCUCUACUGUACACAAGGAGCUCUGACAUGAAGGCGGCCCUGGAGUCAGAAUCCAAAUCCAGUGCCCAGACGCUGAAGUCUUAAAGCUGUAAGCCAGCUCGCACCUUUCCAGCUUGUCCAGCGUUACUGCUCAUUCGUGCACACUAAUGGGAGUGGAGCCUUGUACCCAGGAGGUCUUCAGGAGCUGCUAUUACCUGAUAAGAGCUUUUAACACAUCAAACAUGAAGAGCCAAAGUUUAACCUUGAUUUGAAAACUGCAUUUCUGAGCAUGGUAAGUAUUAGAUUGCUACACGGCCACAGGUUUUAUCGAUGAGUUUACUCGCUGCUGGUGAAAUUAAACGAUUAAAACUCAUAUCUUUGUACAGCUGUCUAAUAUGGGCGAUGAGGUCUUUUUUUUCUUAUCGUCUUUACCUUGUUUUGAAUUCGCGCUAUUUAAAUGAAAUUAAAUGAUUGAAUUUCUUAAGGACGUAACUACGGAUACCGCUCAUCAACUCUAGUUUUUUUAGGCCUGUUGCUUCUUUGGUCCUUCACUUACCAAGUUUUCUCAAAUUUUUUUUAAGGACACACCAAUGCUGUCACAUGCUACGUCAACUAAGGGAAUCAGCUUGGGAGUCAACAUGUUGGUGCAAGAAUACUUUUAUUCCUGGUAAACUGUGAUCCUAAAGAUACUACUUUUUUUUUUUUUUUUUCUCCAUGGACCUCCGGCCCAAAAACAAAACACGAUGUGACAUCGCUCUGUCUUGUGACAAUGGAGUUUAAUCCCAGAAAACAAUGAAUAUCAUAUUUCAGUGUCAGACCCAUAGAAUCGAUCUCUGACCUUCACCCACUUUACAGAAAGAAGUCAAUCAGUGAUCCAAGAGGCAGAGACAGACUGCUGCAUGCCGACUGAAGCACUGUUAGACCAGAGCGCAGCACGGGAACUGUUUGUGGCACGAUCACAGUGAAGAAUAAUUCAGGGCUGGAUUACUUUCUCAGUUUAAUUCUGAAAUAAAUAUACAGACAACAAAAACCCCGGUAUGUUUAGUGACACCUGACAAUCCC